CUGAUCGUUUUUCGCCGGACAUUCGCGGAUGAUCUAUUCGCGGAUAGAGGCAGCCACACAGCGACACAGGUGCAGCGCAGCGCCUGUCAGCCAGAGCGAGCCGCCAUGUCCGUGGUCGCCUCGAGCGCCGCCGGAGUGAGCGCCUCCCUGCUCUCUUCUUCCCCCUCCUCCUCAUCCCGCCCACUUCCCCACCAGAACCGCGCAUACCGGUCCCUCACCUCGCCGGCAGCGAGCAGGGGAGGAAGCCGUAGGCGGCGGCGGCUCCAGGUGCACGCAGCCAGGACGGAGUCCACCGGGGUUUCCGUGGGCUUCCGCGCCCCACAAUUCGAGCUCCCGGAGCCACUGACAGGGAGAGUCUGGACAUUGGAUGACUUCGAGGUUUACCCUGCUUUACUGGUUAUGUUCAUAUGCAAUCACUGUCCAUUUGUAAAACAUCUGAAAAAAGAUAUUGCGAAGCUCACCUCAUUCUACAUGGAGAAAGGACUUGCUUCAGUCGCCAUAUCCUCAAAUUCAAUUGUGACACAUCCCCAGGAUGGUCCUGAUUUCAUGGCCGAGGAAGCAAAAUUGUUUAAAUACUCUUUUCCUUAUCUGUAUGAUGAGUCUCAAGAAGUUGCUAAGGCUUUUCAAGCAGUCUGCACACCAGAGUUUUACUUGUUCAAAAAGGAUGGGCGAAGGCCUUUUGAACUUUUCUACCAUGGGCAGUUUGAUGAUUCAAGACCAAGUAGCAAUGCGCCAGUCACUGGAAGGGAUUUAAGCCGUGCAAUCGACUGUGCACUUAGUCGCCAAGAAUUACCUUUCGUGCCAAAACCAAGUGUUGGGUGCAGCAUUAAAUGGCAUCCAUGAAUAGAUUGAUUAUAGCGUUUGAGGCAAGCACAUGCAUUUUUUUUCUCGAACGAAAGGUGGAACAUGUGGUUGAGGUGAGGUGAUCAUGCUCAUUGGCAAUUUUAUUGUGCAAAGCUUGAAAUUUCAAACAGACAGAAAAUGGAAAAGAACUCAUCCUGUAAUUGUUGGGUCUUGUGAAUGUUUGUCAUAAGGAGGCAGCAUACCUUUUUGCAGCAAUAACGUUUCCAUUGGCGGUUGAUGAAGCUGACUUCUGCAGCGGUGGUAAUUGUUCGGGAUCAGAAUUGCUGAGACGAAAAGGAUUUGAUGUUAUACUUUUUGACAUUCUAGCACAAUUGGCAGCAAAAAAGCAAGACAUUUGCACAAUUGACUGUUAAAAAGACAUUUGCACAAUAGGCUAUAGUAUAUAUUGAUCAAAGUAGACAAAACCAAAUGUGGUACUCCCUCCGUCCAAUAAAGGAUGUCUCAAUUUUGACUAAAUUUGAAUGAGUCUAUACACUAAGUCAUGUCUAGAUACAUCCAAAUUUUGACAAACUUGAGACAUCUUUUGUUGGACGGAGGAAUUACUUCUUAUAUAAGACCCAAUAGAUAGCUUCCUCACUUAUAGAGGUUUGCUGGUGGUUAGUCACCCGAAAUAUCUGAAGAGCUAUUUAAAGUCAAGCAGCCAUGAGGUCUCAAAUUCAAAGCUCGAUCAAUACACCAUUAAUACAAA